AUGGAAAGCUUAUUUUCGAUGCUUUUUUUAAAAAUAAAAAAAAUACAUUUGGAUUAGAAACAGUAGAUGAUUUAAAUAAAUCUGAAUUUAAUGCAUUGACUAUUGCAGUUACUAAGGUAUGAAAUGUUGCUGUAACAAGCAAGAUUUUAUUUAACUCAAUAAAAAUUAGGUUUAAGUAAAAAGAUAAUAAAAUUAAUGA